AGGAAGUGAAUGUUUUGGGGAAAGUCGUUUCUAAGUUCAGUAGAGAGAUGCUGUAUUUCAUGUUUCAUUGAGUACACCAGAACUCUGUUUAAUUUUUCACUAUAGGAUAUUAUUCAUGGUGUAUGCGUGUUGCAUCUAUGUGCAGCUUUGUUACUAGUGUAAUCACACAAGACGCGUAGAAGUUGGGUUUAAUCGGGUUUUUCCUUAGUGACGUGACGAGUAAUUCAAAAGUAGGAUUGGAAACAGAGUAGUAACGGCCAGGAAGGACGCCACCAAGUUAGCAACGACAGAGGACUGUGCCCUUUACCUUAGGCAUUCAAGUGUUUGAGGUUUAUCCGCUGUGCUUUUGAUUCAUUUUAUCCUCAUUGUUCAAUCUGUUGUUGAGUCUUCAACGAACUAGCAUACAACAUCAACAGUUAUACGCACAGACCAUCAACACUAGCAACGUAUUGCUGGAAUAAUCUAUAUCAGCAUGUCGAGUUUCAAGUUACCUUUAUAGGUCUUCUCUCCUUGAGUGACUCUGGGGCGACGUGUUAUAUCUACACAAGGAAGAGAGGAGCAGAUAUGUCGUCACGCUUUUGCAUUUACUUCGGCAGCUUCAGAGAGAGUAGAACAAAGAUGUCCAAGAUGUCUUCCGUCACUUUGUUGGCUCUUGUUCUGUCUGCAGUUCUGUAUGAAACGGUGUCUGCCUGUACUGUAUGUACAGCUCUUUCAGGAUCUGGAACAUGCGAUACCUACACCAGCUACAUCACUUGUCUGAAGGCUAUGUUAUCAAACAGCGGGUGUUCUUCUCUUCAGCUGACUGGAAUCGAUGCAGCCGUUGCUGCAGCUGAAAGCGCUUUGAAACUGUUGUCGUGUGAAGACACCUCUGUUGCUGGAAAUGGUACAACUACUGCUACGACUUCCAUGUUGCUGUUGCUGACACUCCCGUUGUUAACUUACAUUCUAAGUAGAAACUAACAAAAUGUUAUAUUUAGAUAGUAUUGUCCAAGUAAUGUUGUAUGUAAACUUUGUACUGUUAGAGUUUGUUCAACACUGUUGGUUCCAUUCAUCGUUCAAAUAUUCAAUAACAGGAAAAUAUAAAGCAACCAUUUUAUAAUAAUAAUAAUAUAAUUUUAUUAAAUGAACAUGCAUAAUAAGGACCCUAUGAGAUUAUUACAUGACGAAUAAAACAUCACCUAUCUUGAACAUUUGGGGAUUAAUUUCGUGUAUUGAAGAUAGAUCUAUAUAGACCGUUAGUUAGUUUUAGUCCUUUUAAAUCGCACGUGAUUUACCAGCUGUGUUGUUAUAAUAAUAUUGUUCUGUAAUGUAUUGUAAAGUUAGAUGAUGGAUGUAAAUUUUUUUAUUUACAAUGUUUAGGAGUUUAGUGCUUAGAUCAGUGCUUCCCAAACCUUUUUCUUUAAAGCAACACUUUGCACAUUCUUAGAAUUGAGCCAACACUUUGAUUAUUUUUUAGGUUGGAUUAUUUCUUAUUCGUUUAAUAAUAAUAAAGCCAUAUAUUACAUUUAGCGCUAUUUUAUUUUUAAAGUUAAAAACUAUAAUAAAAUACAGACAUAUUAACUAUAAAAAUUAAGGCUUAAGCACUUACACAGCAGUGUCCAGGUGUAAUAACAAGUAGAGUUCUACCACCUGGUGUGUCAAGCCUGUCACUAUAUCUUGUCUUUUGUUUCAACAAAAUAAGAAAAUGAUGGUUCUCACAAAUAGAUUGUAGGUUACUACUUUUUUCUGCUUUAAACUAGUGUGGAACUCUUCAGACAAAAAAGACCAGAAAUCAUUAAAAGUAGAUCUUGGUAUCCUUGUUUCAAAUAGGAGUCGAACCUAGAUCAGUUCAAAGUUCAUAAUGCUGUUAGUACGGGGAUGCUUUCAGAGCUAAGUACCUUAGCCGCAUUAUGUAUUUUCGUUGUAUUAAAUAUAUAAACAAUGAUACAUAUCUAUGUUUCGUAUGUGAUUUUAUGUUUAAAUUUUUUUAUAUGUUUAGACUUUUAAAUAUUGGUGUCCAUUACAUAUGGGAUUUAAGUUUGUUCUGCAAAUUUUUGUUAUUCUACUAACAAUAUAAAGUGUAUGUGUGUUGUAGUAUUGACCAACAAUAAAAUAAAACAAUUAUAGAA